AAAUGAGUGCCAACUUGCCUUCCAUCGUCAGUCUUGUGCUCAGCUGCCCAGCGAGAACAUCCCCCCUCCUGAGAUAUGAUGGCUAUGUGUAUUCGUGUGGUGGUGGUGGUGUUGGCUGUGGUGGUGGCGGCGGUGAUAGCUGAACCUCACUACCCUAAGUCCCGCCCCUGUCACCCGAAGACGAAGUACAUCACUCACUACACAACACAGUACGAGCCGGUGCCGGUGUAUACGACUCUCUACAAACAGCAGAUCGUCCCCACCACCCUCUACAAAACCCAGUACCAAACUCAGUACCAGACCAAGUACCAGACAGAAUACGUGCCGAAAUAUGUCACUGAGACCGCUUAUAAGACCCAAGUCAAGUAUGUGACCCAGGUCCAAACCCAAUACCAGACCCAAUACCAAACCCAGUACGUCACCAAAACCCAGUAUGUCCCUAAAUACAUCACCGAGACCAAAUACCAGACCCAAUACGUGACCCAGACCCAGUACCAGACCGUGUACACGACCCAGUACACGCCCAAGUACGUUACCACGACCCAAGUACAGUACCAGACGCAGUACAAGACCCAAGUGGUCCCUCAGUACGUGACGGUCACCCAAACCCAGCAGACCUACAAGACCGUCUGUCCCAAGCCUUCUUAUGGUCACUGAAGACGCACACACACAGGGAGGGACAGUGACCUCAACUGGCUGAAAGACAAAACGAAAGAAUUACCAAAUUGUACCCAUCCCUUUAUCUCACACUUAAUACACAAUAAUGUAUACUGAAGAUUUAUUGGGAAAUUAAACAUAUUAAUGUAUUCAUAUAUAUUCAACAAUCAAAUGUGUAUUAUAACAAAGAAUUUAUAUAAUUUGUUAAUGAAAAAUAUAUAAUGAAUAACAUAAAUAUACAUUGUAAGUUUCCCAAAAUACUUAUUGUUUAAUGCCCAAAAUAAUCAUAGUGUUUAUAAUUUUUGUAACUUUGGAAAUAAAACUGAAUUAAAUC